AUGAAAGAGCUUGAAAAAAGCCUAUGGGGCGCCCCGGCCCCCCGCCCUCCGGCCUCAGGAUGGGACGGGUGGGGGGGCGGAGGGAGGGGCGCCGGCGGCGGGCGGGAUCUUGCGGGGUGCGUGAAGGCUCGCUGGCGCCUGGUCUGGGACUCAGACGCUGGCGAGCGCAGAGUUUCUCACGACGGGUCGAGCCCGCCACUGCUUUCUACAUAUCAGAAAGCGUCAACUUUUCUUGAUGGACCCAUUCAUCUAAUGAAAUAUGCCUAUACUAUUUUAAAAAGCUUUUUACUUCAUCAUAGAAAAAUUAAAGAAAGGCAGAGGUCUGCAAAUAAUUCCCCUCCAUCAGCCCAGAAGUCUGUAUUACCUUCAGCUAUUCCUGCUGUGCUUCCAACUGCUUCUCCGUGUUCAAGUCCUAAGACGGGACUCUCUGCCCGACUGUCUAAUGGAAGCUUCAGUGCACCAUCGCUCACCCACUCCAGAGGCUCAGUGCAUACAGUUUCAUUUCCACUGCAAAUUGGUCUCACACGGGAGAGUGUUACCACUGAAGCCCAGGAACUGUCUUUAUCUGCUGUCAAGGAUCUUGUGUGCUCCAUAGUUUAUCAAAAGUUUCCAGAGCGUGGAUUCUUCGGGAUGUAUGACAAAAUUCUUCUUUGUCGCCAUGACAUGAACUCAGAAAAUAUUUUGCAGCUGAUUCCCUCAGCAGAUGAAAUACACGAAGGAGGUCUAGGGGAGGUUGUUCUUUCAGCUUUGGCCACAGUAGAGGACUUCCAGAUUCGUCUGCAUACUCUCUACGUACAUUCUUACAAAGCUCCUACUUUCUGUGAUUAUUGUGGUGAGACACUCUGGGGAUUGGUACGGCAGGGACUUAAAUGUGAAGGCUGUGGAUUAAAUGAUCAUAAACGAUGUGCCUUCAAGAUUCCAAAUAACUGUAGUGGAGUAAGAAAGAGACGUCUGUCAAAUGUAUCUUUGCCAGGACCUGGCCUCUCAGUUCCAAGACCCCUGCAGCCUGAAUAUGUCACCCUUCCCAGUGAAGAGUCACAUGUCCACCAGGAACCAAGUAAGAGAGUUCCUUCUUGGAGUGGUCGCCCAAUCUGGAUGGAAAAGAUGGUAAUGUGCAGAGUGAAAGUUCCACACACAUUUGCUGUUCACUCUUACACCCGUCCCACGAUAUGUCAGUACUGCAAGCGGUUACUGAAAGGCCUCUUUUGCCAAGGAAUGCAGUGUAAAGAUUGUAAAUUCAACUGCCAUAAACGCUGUGCAUCAAAAGUACCAAGAGACUGCCUUGGAGAGGUUACUUUCAAUGGAGAACCUUCCAGUUUGGGAACAGAUACAGAUAUACCAAUGGAUAUUGACAAUAAUGACAUAAAUAGUGAUAGUAGUCGGGGCUUGGAUGACACAGAAGAGCCAUCUCCCUCAGAAGACAAGAUGUUCUUCCUGGAUCCAUCUGAUCUUGAUGUGGAAAGAGAUGAAGAAGCCGUUAAAACAAUCAGUCCAUCAACAAGCAAUAAUAUUCCGCUAAUGAGGGUUGUACAAUCCAUCAAGCACACACAGAGGAAGAGCAGCACAAUGGUGAAGAAAGGGUGGAUGGUCCAUUACACCAGCAGGGAUAACCUGAGAAAGAGGCGUUAUUGGAGACUUGACAGCAAAUGUCUAACAUUGUUUCAGAAUGAAUCUGGAUCAAAGUAUUAUAAGGAAAUUCCACUUUCAGGAAUUCUUCGCAUAUCUUCACCACGAGAUUUCACAAACAUUUCACAAGGCAGCAAUCCACACUGUUUUGAAAUCAUCACUGAUACUAUGGUAUACUUCGUUGGUGAGAACAAUGGGGAUAGCUCUCAUAAUCCUGUUCUCGCUGCCACUGGAGUUGGACUUGAUGUAGCACAGAGCUGGGAAAAAGCAAUUUGCCAAGCCCUCAUGCCUGUUACUCCUCAAGCAAGUGUUUGCACUUCUCCAGGGCAAGGGAAAGAUCACAGAUUGUCUACGAGUAUCUCUGUAUCUAAUUGUCAGAUCGAGGAGAAUGUGGAUAUCAGUACUGUUUACCAGAUCUUUGCAGAUGAGGUGCUUGGUUCAGGCCAGUUUGGCAUUGUUUAUGGAGGAAAACAUAGAAAGACUGGGAGGGAUGUGGCUAUUAAAGUAAUUGAUAAGAUGAGAUUCCCCACAAAACAAGAAAGUCAACUCCGUAAUGAAGUGGCUAUUUUACAGAAUUUGCACCAUCCUGGGAUUGUAAACCUGGAAUGUAUGUUUGAAACCCCAGACCGAGUCUUUGUAGUAAUGGAAAAGCUGCAUGGAGAUAUGUUGGAAAUGAUUCUAUCCAGUGAGAAAAGUCGGCUUCCAGAACGAAUUACUAAAUUCAUGGUCACACAGAUACUUGUUGCUUUGAGAAAUCUGCAUUUUAAGAAUAUUGUGCACUGUGAUUUAAAGCCAGAAAAUGUGCUGCUUGCAUCAGCAGAGCCAUUUCCUUAGGUGAAGCUGUGUGAUUUUGGAUUUGCACGCAUCAUUGGUGAAAAGUCAUUCAGGAGAUCUGUGGUAGGAACUCCAGCAUACUUAGCCCCUGAAGUUCUCUGGAGCAAAGGUUACAACUGUUCUCUAGAUAUGUGGUCAGUGGGAGUUAUCAUCUAUGUGAGCCUCAGUGGCACAUUUCCUUUUAAUGAGGAUGAAGAUAUAAAUGACCAGAUCCAAAAUGCUGCAUUUAUGUACCCACCAAAUCCAUGGAAAGAAAUUUCUGGUGAAGCAAUUGAUUUGAUAAACAAUCUGCUUCAAGUGAAGAUGAGAAAACGUUAUAGUGUUGACAAAUCUCUUAGUCAUCCCUGGCUACAGGACUAUCAGACUUGGCUUGACCUUAGAGAAUUUGAAACUCGCGUUGGAGAACGUUACAUUACACAUAAAAGUGAUGAUGCUCGCUGGGAAAUACAUGCAUACACACAUAACCUUGUAUACCCAAACCACUUCAUUAUGGCUCCUAAUCCAGAUGAUAUGGAAGAAGAUCCUUAA